GGCGGGCGAGUUCUUCUGCCGGAAGUCCGCUCUAGUCCUGGGUCCACUAACUGCUGCGAGAGCCGGAGCUGCCCAGGAGCCGCGGGACCGGGGCCGCUGGGGUCCGGACGGGGGUCGCCAUGAUCCGCUUCAUCCUCAUCCAGAACCGGGCGGGCAAGACGCGCCUAGCCAAGUGGUACAUGCAGUUCGAUGAUGACGAGAAACAGAAGCUGAUCGAGGAGGUGCACGCCGUGGUCACUGUCCGAGAUGCCAAACACACCAACUUUGUGGAGUUCCGGAACUUCAAGAUCAUUUACCGACGCUACGCCGGCCUCUACUUCUGCAUCUGCGUGGACGUCAACGACAACAACUUGGCCUACCUGGAGGCCAUCCACAACUUCGUGGAGGUCUUAAACGAGUACUUCCACAAUGUCUGUGAGCUGGACCUGGUGUUCAAUUUCUACAAGGUUUACACAGUCGUGGACGAGAUGUUCCUGGCUGGCGAGAUCCGUGAGACCAGCCAGACGAAGGUGCUGAAACAGUUGCUGAUGCUCCAGUCCCUGGAGUGAGGGCGGCCAGCCCCUCCGGCCCGGCCCCCGCUCCCUGCUCGCCCCCUUCUCCGGGCCGAGGCCGCCCAGCGCCUGCCCUCCCCAGGCCAGGAGGAAGGCCCUAGCUGGGCCUGGGCCACUGGGGAGGGGACUGCACCCCACUGCCUCUGGGCCCGGCUGCGGGCGGAGGCCACCUCGUGUGAACCGAGUAACCGUGCCGUUGUCAUGUGACGCUGUGAGUGCGUGUGUGGAGCCCCCAAUAAACCCGUGGUCCCGCCUGG